CACAAGUCACCAAGUCCCGCCUCAGCACGGAGCGAUUAAAAAAUGUGAGGAUAUAAAAUGUAGGACCAGGACAGGUAACCGUAUCGCACGGGAGCCUGAACGCAAAGUACCAGCUGUUCUGGGCUGGCUUGUCAGGUGUGCGUCCUGCUGUCAUUCGAAGCGCCGGUCCGAACUGUCCAGGCGUUCAGAACCACGUCGGUGCCGGGCGGGAGCUUAGUGCAGCCAUGGCUGGGGACGGGGCGGAGCAGCGCGCUCUACAAUACGAGCAGACUUUGAUGUAUGGCAGGUACACGCAGGAGCUGGGUGUGUACGCCAAAGAGGAAGCAGCACGCCUGCGGGACGAAGGGGGCCUCCGGCGUUCCGUCAGCGAGAGGAGCCGUUCCAUCGAGCUGCUGGAGUACGACAAGGGCCACUGUGCUAAGUGCAGGAGAUUUCCCUACAUCCUGGAGCCUCCGCCUCAGGACUUUAUCUCUGUCUGCACAGUCCGCUGUCAGAAGUUCCUCAUCUCACGGGUGGGCGAAGACUGGAUCUUCCUCAUCCUGCUCGGCCUCCUGAUGGCGCUGGUCAGCUGGGUCAUGGACUUCGCCAUUGCCAUGUGCCUUCAAGCACAGAAGUGGAUGUAUGGAGGGCUGGAUAGCAACGUGCUCCUGCAGUACCUGGCGUGGGUCACCUACCCUGUGGUCCUCAUCACGUUCUCUGCUGGGUUCACACAGAUCCUCGCGCCACAGGCUGUCGGUUCAGGGAUCCCGGAGAUGAAGACCAUCCUCCGGGGUGUGGUCCUCAAAGAAUACCUCACCUUCAAGACCUUCGUGGCCAAAGUCAUUGGCCUGACAUGUGCGCUGGGCAGCGGGAUGCCCCUAGGGAAAGAGGGUCCGUUUGUCCACAUCGCCAGUCUGUGUGCAGCCCUGCUGAGCAAGUUCAUGUCGCUGUUCGGUGGGAUCUAUGAGAAUGAGUCUCGGAACAUCGAGAUGCUGGCCGCCGCCUGCGCCGUGGGUGUGGGGUGCUGUUUCGCCGCGCCCAUUGGGGGCGUCCUCUUCAGCAUCGAGGUCACGUCCACCUUCUUCGCCGUGAGGAAUUACUGGAGAGGCUUCUUCGCUGCCACCUUCAGUGCCUUCAUCUUCAGGGUGCUCGCCGUGUGGAACAGAGAUGAGGAGACCAUAACUGCUCUCUUCAAAACCCGGUUUCGGCUGGACUUCCCGUUUGACCUACAAGAGCUCCCUGCCUUUGCUGUAAUCGGGAUUGCCAGUGGCUUUGGAGGUGCCCUAUUUGUCUACUUCAACCGGCUCAUAGUCCAGUUCAUCCGCAAGCAGAAAGCCAUCAACAAGUUCCUGAUGAAAAAGCGACUGCUGUACCCUGCCCUGGUCACUCUCCUCGUCUCCACUCUCACCUUUCCUCCUGGGUUUGGACAGUUUAUGGCUGGGAAGCUGACCCAGAAGGAGUCUCUAGUGACCCUGCUUGACAACCGCACGUGGGCAAAGCAGGGCAUCGCAGAGGAGUUCGACUACAUGGGCCACUCGCAGGAAUGGAAACACCCGCAGGUCAAUGUCUUCGUCACCCUGGUCCUCUUCAUCGUGAUGAAGUUCUGGAUGUCUGCUCUUGCUACCACUAUCCCUGUACCCUGUGGAGCCUUCAUGCCGGUCUUUGUCAUCGGUGCGGCGUUUGGCCGGCUGGUCGGAGAGAGCAUGGCUGCCUGGUUCCCCGAUGGGAUCCACACUGACGGAACCAUCUACCCCAUCGUCCCCGGCGGUUACGCGGUAGUGGGUGCGGCGGCGCUGUCCGGUGCGGUCACACACACCGUGUCCACGGCGGUCAUCGUGUUCGAGCUCACGGGCCAAAUCUCCCACAUCCUGCCGGUGAUGAUCGCCGUGAUCCUGGCCAACGCCGUGGCGCAGAGUCUGCAGCCGUCGCUCUAUGACUCCAUCAUCCGCAUCAAGAAGCUGCCGUACCUGCCUGAGCUCGGCUGGGGACACCACGAGAAGUACAACAUCCGCGUAGAGGACAUCAUGGUGCGUGACGUGCGCUAUAUCACCCUUAACUGCUGCUACAGGGACCUUCAUGAGGUCCUGCUGACAGGGCAGCUGAAGACCUUGGCGUUGGUGGAGUCCGCAGAUUCCAUGAUCCUGCUGGGCUCCAUCGAGCGUUCCCAGCUGCAGGCCCUCCUCUCCCAGCAGCUGGGCCGUCCGCGCAGGCUGGAGUUCCUGCGCCAGCGUUCCCUGUCCGCCAAGAAGAGCCAGGCGGUCGAGGAGCCCGUGCAGAAGGUCAACCAAGAGGUCCGCUUCCAGAUCUCCACGGAAGAGUCAUCCUUCAGCCCCUCGCACACCGUAUCCCAGAAGCCCCUGAAACCGGCUCUGAAGAGGUCAUCCGUGGUGGAGAGGAACAACGUGGAGACUCCAGCUAGUCCCCAGGAAAACACCGGCAUGGCCCUGAAGAGCCUGUUCUGUGCUCACCCUGACGCAAACACUGCCGAGAGCAAUGAUGGGGCAGUGGCUUCUGAAAACAGGAAGCCCAAGCAAGUCAGGAUCUCCGUUGUGGAUGACCUGGAUUUGGAGGACGAUAUGACCCUCCGAGAGAUCGCUGAAUGGGAAGAGCAGCAGUUGGAUGAGCGGGUUAACUUCAACAACUGCAAGAUUGACCCCGCCCCUUUUCAGCUGGUGGAGCGCACAUCACUCCAUAAGACCCACACUAUCUUCUCACUGCUGGGUCUGGACCACGCUUACGUCACCAGUAUCGGCCGGCUCAUUGGUGUGGUCUCGUUGAAGGAGCUACGGAAAGCCAUCGAGGGCUCGGUGACUGUGAAGGGGGUGAAGGUACGCCCCCCACUGGCCAGUUUCCGGGACAGCGGUACCAGCAGCAGCGAGACCGAAGCCACAGAACUGCACAAGCUGUGGGACCGGCACCGGAGCCUGGCGCUCCCGCGGGAACACCACCCCUCGGAUUCGGAGGACAAGUCGCAGUGAGGGGGGCUGCGGUGGUGGGAGGGCUGGGAGGAGCAUGUCAGCCCCCAGAGAAUGUCAGUGCCAUGAUCUCUCUGAACUCCGUAAGCUCUCUGCCGGCUCCUCCAAUCAGAGCUUCCCCAAAUCAGAAUCCCAUUCUGCUUCCACACUGACUGGACUUUCCUGUCCUGGGUGGGAAUGGAGGGACCAGGCGAGAGAAUAAGCCCAUAUCUCGGACUCGCUGCUCUGGAGUGUGUGUGUGUGUGUGUGUGUGUGUGUGAGAGAGAGAGAGAGAGUGACAAAGAGAGAGUGUCUACCUCUGUGUAGGUGUGAGAGUGGAGGACACGAUUUGCGUGAUGUCUGGAGUUUUAUUUGCGUCUUAACAGUAGAAAUGAAUUAUUUUUUAAACUUCACUCUUCGUGUUGAGAAGAGUGCAUGAUGAACAUCUGGUCUUCUCACAGGAGGCUCUUCUCUGAACCUUGUCUUCCACAUCCUGGGGUUCAGUGGUACUUCCAGCCAACAUUCCUCUUCCUCUUCUUCACAUGUAUCCCACCCAGAAUCCAUCCUUGCUCAUCUCACACCCCAAUUUUCCACUGCGGUUCCUGCAUCCUGUGCUCGUGUUCGCAGGGGGAGCCCUGCGUAGUGCCACCUUGUGGUGUGGUAGAAGGCACACAUAGCACAGCCCUUUCUGUCUCUCACACACACACACACACACAUACCUAUGCAUGCAGCCUUUCCCGUUUCUACAGGAAGCACAAGAGGGUGUCUGUGUUCAGCACGGUUGGUGCUAGGAAGUGUUUUUUUUUUUUUACCACUGAUCUCUAGUUAUUUUCUUAAGUUGGUGUAAGAACACAAAAUCGGCCUCUGGCACUUUUUAACUUAUUGUGGAAGCUGCCGUAGUCCAGACAGAGCCUUCUUACCACCUGAAAGGUGGAUUCUCUUCCGGGCUCAGGCUGCUGACACUCAUUUUAAUAAGACGCUUCUCUAUAUUUAGCUUUUAAUAACCUGAAGAUGGAGGGAGCAGGAACCAACCAUGUUAGGGGUCCUUCUUAAUCUCGCUCAAUGUCUCUGCUAAACGCACACAUGCACACAUUCACUCUCACUGGUCAUUACACUGUCUGUGUGUUUGUCUGGAUGGGGGCUGUAAUUAACACCUCUCUCUGUUCUCGACACAUUUCUCUCAUGCUGCACACUAUAGGGGAGUUACCUAGGGACUCUAUGGCAACCAGUGCCUGGCUAGUGUAGCCUUGGGUCUGUCUGGUCUGGAUUUGUUGAAACACAGCCAGCCAAUAGAGGAAGGGAUUGAAACAUGGCCAGCCAAUAGAGAGAAUGAUUGAAACACAGCCAGCCUAUACAGACCAAACAAUAGCUAAUACAGCCAAUAGAUUAAAAAAAAAAACAUGACUGAAACUCAGCCAGCUUAAAUAUCCAUAGAUACCAGGACUGAAACGCUGCCCAUCUAUAGAGAGGGAGACUGAAACGCAGCCAGCCUAUAGAGAGGGAGACUGAAACGCAGCCAGCCUAUAGAGAGGGAGACUGAAACGCAGCCAGCCUAUAGAGAGGGAGACUGAAACGCAGCCAGCCUAUAGAGAGGGAGACUGAAACGCAGCCAGCCUAUAGAGAGGGAGACUGAAACGCAGCCAGCCUAUAGAGAGGGAGACUGAAACGCAGUCAAUAUAUUUUAAAAAAUCAGGAAGAAACUCAGUCAGCUGCUUGAUACCAUGACUGAGACAUAAGCAGCCAGUCAAAGGUACGACCCUUGACCCUGGGUAACCGGGUCAUGCACAGGACAUGAAACACGGACCAUUUCUUGGUACAACUCAGUUUUUUAAUAGUUUUUAAUGCAGCACUUGGAAAGAUGCAAAUUUUGUCUAAUUUAAUUAACCCAGGUGUUUGAACGCUUUAGCUAUGAGGAACUUUGGUACUAACUGAUAAUUAUUCUAUUACAGAUCAGUAGGUUAUGAACCAAUUAAAUUUAUGUGUAGUGGUCAUGUACCCAAUCUGUAAAAGAAACAUUUCAAUAUUGACAAUUCUUGACUUCUCACUACAAUUGCUGUGUAUUUUAGACCCAUAUGGUGAGUUAAUCAUUACUUUGUGUAUGAUUUUAUGGGGAGGGGGUUACUAAAAUCUUUCCAACGUCAUAAUCAUCUACUCCAUUGACCUCUGCUUGUAUAUGUACCUUGUACACACACUUGAAUGUUUACACAGGCUUACAAGCUUGUACACCUCACCUGUGCUCUAAGAAGACUUGGUCUUUCUCUUUGUAACUUCAUCUUCUGUUUUUCCGUGACACCCGUCCUUACAUGAGAUGAUGCGGUGCUGUGUUGUCAUGACGCCCAGCCAUACUAAAGGAGGACUCCAUGUUGCCGUGACACCCAGCCAUGCGUAAGGUGCCACAGUGUCGCGUUGCCAUAACGUCCAGCCAUACUAAGGAAGACAGCCUUCGUGUUACCAUGACGCCCAGCCAUACUAAGGAGGACAAGCCUCUGUGUUGCCAUGACGCCCAGCCAUACUAAGGAGGACAGUCUCCGUGUUGCCAUGACACCCAGCCAUUCUGAUUGCAACACUGACUUUCCUUAAGUGUGCCUAACCAUGCCCUUACCAUCUGUCUGUCUAACUCGGAUGAACAAAUCUGUGGACCUGCCAGCCUGUGAUCUUGCUAUGCAUGGACAUAACUCCAUGCUUUCCCCCUGCACAUCCCUGCUCUGUCACAUUACCGGGAUUCCCGGUAAAGGAUGUGUUCACCAGAAAUUCUUUGGGUGUAAGAUUACACCCACACGGAAACCACCUUCCAAGCUACAAACAUGACCAAGAAUCGUUUUUCCCUAGAGCAUGUGAUAUUCAAAGUUGCCAGUUCCUUCGUUUGCAACCAAAAAUAUGGAAUGAAAAUGUUUUAUUGUCUGUGUUAUGGUACAUGUUCUGUAAUCACUGUAACUGAAUUAUAUUGUGGGGUUUCGCUUCCUUUUUACCGCGCUUCCCGGUGUUGGGUUCCACGUCACUUGGCAAUCAGCACUGACCUCACAUUUCCACAACGCGUGGCUUUUGUCGGUAAACAUCCCGAUCUGCUGAGGAGUCACCGGAUGCCUUGACUCCUAACACCUCACAGCACAGCAUGAAUCCACAUCUCAAACAUCUACAGAAUUUGUGCAAGAUCCAUUUCACCAAGUGCCCCCGGGGUGUAGCCUGGGUCUACCUGGGCAUGCUUGGAAUAGAUGCAAGCCUUUAAUCUCCUCGCUGAUACCCAUCUGCCUCCGAAUCACAGCGUUCUAACCGUUUUUUUCUCUCCGUUAUUCAUACAUUUCCUCACAAACUUAAAAAGGCAGGUGCAUAUUUAUUAAAAUGUAUUAAUCAGCAAGGGUAACAUGGAAUUCUUAUUUGAUUUGUUAUUAGGUAAUAAAUUUGUGCAAUAAUGAUCGUUCAUCUCACUUUAUAACCAGAUUUUAAUCGAUUACUUGACAUGAACACAAGAUAACCUUAUUUUUGUAAAGAAAUGGAAUAUAUAAUGUAUGUGUAAAUAUAAAAUAAAUGACUGCGGAUGUUGUUUUCCAGCCGUUUGUGUUAGUAUUGUCUGCCUGGUUGUCUGUCGGGCUCUAACCCUGAACUUGUAAAUACUGUACAUGCCAGCGUCGAACAGACGAGAGGUUGACUAAUUUUAUUUUUGUAUAUCGGGGAAAAAAUAAAGCUUUAACAAACGUUGAA